AUGAGCACACCCAGCAUCUCCUUCACCAGCCUCGGCUUGGUGGUCCUCGACGAGAUCCGCUUUCCCAACCAGGAGCCAUUACUCGAUGUUCUGGGCGGCUCUGGUGCCUAUGGUUGGUUCUGUUCUGCUGUUUUCAGGGCCACGCUUGGGGCCCGAUUAUUCCUGCGGCCGCCGCUGAGCAGGACCUUGGGCUGGAUGAUCCAUACUGGACAUGAUUUCCCGGAGCUCAUGACGGACCGCCUGAGAAGCUGGGAUUCAACGUUGAUUGUAAAACGGGAAGCAGACAAGCCGUCAACUAGGGGGCUACUGGAAAACACCCCCCUUCUAUCCGCAAAAGCAUACCACUACCUCGAAACCCCGCAAGACAUGCAAACCCGUCUCUCAGCCCUUCUGUCCCUCAGGAACGAAGCCGGCGAACCAGACCGCCCUUUCAUAGUCUGGGAACCAGCCCCCUACGUCUGCAAACCCGAGAACCUCCAGCCCUGCCUCUCUGCCGCGCAGCAUGUCGACGUUCUCUCCCCUAACCACCUCGAACUCGCCGCCCUCUUCGGCGAAUCCCCAGCAAAAGCUCACGACAAGGCCACGAUCGAGGCCUUGGCGCGAAGAGUCCUAGACAGCGGCGUCGGGAUAGAUGGGAAAGGCACUGUCGUCGUCCGCGCAGGCGAGAACGGGAGUGUCGUGGUAUCUCGCGAUCUGCCUCCCACGUGGCUGCCGCCGUUCUAUCCGGCUGGAGCUGACGGGAGGCAGCAUUCCAAGGUUGUUGAUCCGACGGGGGCCGGGAAUGCGUUUCUGGGGGCGUAUGUGGUUGGGUAUCUCCAGACGCAAAAUGCGGUGGAGGCGGCUUGCUAUGGGACUGUUGGGGGGUCGUUUGCGCUGGAGCAGGUGGGGAUGCCGGAGCUGGUCUCCGGUGAGGAUGGGGAGUUAUGGAAUGGUGCGGACGCUUUUGAGAGGUUGCGUGAGUAUAGAAAGGUGGUUGGGCUCUGA